ACCAUCAUGACUUAGCACUCUAGUAGCUGCAGCACCAUAAAUAUUUGUACUAAGAUUUGUUCAAAUGCAUUUGUAUAUAGUAAAUUAUAUGGUUAACUUUGCCUCUGCAUGUUGGGUAUUACUGGGACUGUUUUUGUUGAGGUAUUUGCAAAGAUAUUGUUUAUGUAAUUUGUGGAAUUUUAAAUCGUUUUCCAAAGUUUCGGUGGCUAUGCUUUCGUCUCAGUGAUGUCUUUGAUUUACAGUGUUCGUGUUGACUGUAGAUACAUAAAUAGAGUCUGUAACUGCAAACAUGGGAUCUUCUGAUGCGAAUAGGAUUGCAACAAUGCUGAAGGGCAUUGACAGAUACAACCCUGAAAACCUUGGUGAAUUAGAGCCACACGUUAAACAACAGUUGGCCAACAAUACAUAUGAUUUACCUGCCAAUCUUGCUAUACUAAAACUAUAUCAAUUCAAUCCAUCUUUCUUCCAAGUUGACAUUGUUUGCGGCAUCUUGUUGAAAGCCCUCACAUCCCUGCCAAGCGCUGACUUCUCGCUAUGCGAAUGUUUGAUUGACCAGCAUCACCACGAAGACCAACAGAUUGGUCGUCUUAUAUUCCUUCAUCACCUCCUGGAGACUUGCGACUUCAAACUAUUCUGGAGAGAACUGAGUGCAACACCAGAGUUAACUGAAGGAGUUGUUGGUUUUGAAGAUUCAAUCAAGAAAUUCAUCUGCCGCACAGUUUCAAUAUCCUACCAACGCAUCGGGUUGGAGGAGUUGCGAUCCCUCCUUGGUGAUCUGGGAGAUGAAGAGUUGAAUCGUUGGAUCAAAGUUAACGAAUGGUCGAGAUUGGACGGUGACCUUGUGUUUGUUGCAAACCAGGAAGAACUUGUAAAAACGAGGAAUAUCGUUGAUAAAGUCAACUUCGAAAAAAUUCAAAGUGUCAUGUCAUCUGGUAUGGCUACUUGAAGAAUUGGCCAGUUCUUGUUCAUUUUUGUUGAAAUUGUGGGAGAUUGCGAAGACAUGUCUUAGAUAAAUUGUGUUUUUGAAAUAAAAUAGUUGUAUAAAGAGAAA